GUAGGCAUUUUAGGCAAUUUCAAGCAUUUAACUAUUCAUAAAUUCAGUCAUGUGUUUCUAAACGUUUGACUGGUUGUGUAGGCUAUGCUAUAUAAGUGAGCUUUGGUAUUCCUUUAUUGAUUUGGCAUGUUUUUUUUUUUUAACUACUGUAUUUUGGCCAAAAAGGGUAAAAGCUUAAUUGCUUUUCUCCUUUUUUCUGUUUUCUUUCACUCUUCCCUUUAUUUCUCGGUGUGUGACCCGGUAAACUGAGCUGCGGCACGUCACGCGGCGCGAGGGUCUCCCGUGAGCUCUUGCGUGAGUGUUUCUCCCGGGACGUCCCGGUGAAGGAGGGGCAGUAGUGGUGUGGUUACCCCCCUGCACGCUUUGACAGUUGUGAGAGAACUGAGUGUGCAAAAACCUCCUAAACACGGAGAGACGAGCCACGGGAGGCGCGCGCAGGAACUGCGAGUCUCGUGCCAGUGCGCGUUUGGGCACAUGAGUGUUUUUGGACUAUUUAUAAGAUUAUUCCAGCCCCGUCCUCUGAGUUUGGUGGGAAACUUAGUUUUUGGGACGCGCCGGGGGACCAGUCUCUUUCUUUCCCCUUUUACAUCCACGCACGAGCGGUUCAUCUGGUGGACAGGAGUGAUCCAGUAGCUGAUAGAGUUGGUUGUACCUGAGGUGGACACACACACCUGAGCGAGCGACAGAUAGACAGAGAGAGAGAUGUACACAGUGGUCCUGCUCUCCUCCUCUCUGUUUCUCCUGCAUGUGACCUGCACGCCUCAGACUCACGGUCACCACGGGAGGAGAGUGUGUGUUGGAGAUGCUUGGAGUCGUCGUGUGUCUUACAGCACAGAGUCGUUUCUUCAGCCCGUACACAAACCCUACAUCACCAUGUGCCAAAACCAACGCAUGUGUAGCACGUACAAGACAAUCUACAGGGUUUCUUACAGGCAGGUAAGCAGAGCAGCUCCUAAUUUACACAUUUACCCAGAAUGCUGUCCGGGAUGGCGACGCAUGCAUUCACACAACUGUAACCAAGGUAAACGGACGUCUGAAAGUGUUUUCCUGUGGAUCUAUACCUGCAUGUGUACGUGUGUGUAUUUACAUAUGUCUCUCUCUCUAGCGGUGUGUGAGCAGUCUUGUGCAAAUGGAGGCUCGUGUGUAAGGCCUAAUCACUGUGCAUGUCCGAGAGGAUGGACGGGACGAUACUGCCAAACAGAUGUGGAUGAGUGUAAGGAAGGUCAUCGCUGCUCACAGAAGUGUGUGAAUACAGUGGGGAGUUAUCGGUGUGUGUGUCAGGACGGAUUCAGUCUGGCUGAAGAUGAAAUAACAUGUUCAAGAAUUCCUGCUCCCUCCCCGCCGCCCGCCGGGGCUCCAAAAGCAGAUGCUGGUGGAGGUUUGGGAUUGGUGGCAAACGUUACCGAAGAAGUUCAGAUCCUUAAAAACAGAGUGGAGCUCCUCGAGCAGAAACUAGAGAUGGUUCUGGCUCCCUUCACCACGCUCUUCCCCUUGGAUGGUAUGGGAGACACUAACAGCUUCCUGCCUGAGAGGACCAACUUCCUGUCGCAUUCUCUGCAGCAACUAGACCGCAUCGACUCGCUCAGUGAGCAGGUCGGGUUCCUGGAGGAGCGUAUCGGAGCCUGUGCCUGCCAGGAAAACUAGACGAUCAAAGAUGGGCUGCAUCCUCAAGUGAAACCAAUAUCUGAGAAGUCUAAAUUAACAACCGCAGCACUGAGGGCCUGAACCCUGUAAACAUGUUCAAUCCACUCAAAAAACAUAUAGGAAAACACAAUAUCAAACACACAAACUCCUGUUUGGCCAAAAUGAAGUUUUCUGGCCCAUGAGCUGGAGCUUUGAUUGUUUCAUAAUGUUUUUCAGUGUAUUUCUUUCAUUUAAUUAUUGGUGUAAGUGCAGCUUUAUGGUCUCUCCAUGUUUAAGUCUGAGUUAAGAGAAAUGUAAAUGUAUGUAUUUAUAAGUCCAUGUUCUUCUCCUGAGUAUUGCUAUUGGGAAAACAAUACAAAAUUGUAUCACUUUUUUAAACACUGUUAUGUUUAAAUUUUUGUAAUAAAACUGCUUAAACUUCGAA